CAAUCUCACAGGGAUCAGUGGGAAGUCUCCCUUGCACCACACAUUCAUGUGAAGAGUCUCUCAACCAUCAUCAAAGGAAACAAAGUCAGAGGAACCGCAAUAGCAGGAGCCAGACAGAGCACACACCAUCUUAAGAUGUCUGAGAAAGGUAAAGUCAUGCAAAGAGGCACAGCCAGAGCAGAAGCUGGGUUCAAGGUCACGACGGUGAGGAGUACCAGGGUGGUACUGGAUAACACCAUCUGCCCAGCAGAAAUCCUCAUCAAUGAUGGCAAGAUAGUCAGCAUUCUGCCCGGGAAGAGCAGAACCUAUGCCAGUGGAGAGAAGGUGCUGGACGUUGGAGAUCUGGUGGUUAUGCCUGGAAUCAUAGACCCUCACAUCCAUGCCUGUGAGCCAGGGCACACAGUCUUGGAGAGUUACUCUUCUGCAACAAAGGCUGCAGCUGCAGGAGGCAUCACAACCAUUGUGGACAUGCCCAUGAACUGUCUUCCCCCAACCACAACUAUGGCAAACUUUGAUGCCAAGCUGAAGUCUGCCAGAGGACAGUGCCACGUGGAUGUAGCCUUCUGGGGUGGUGUCAUCCCUGGAAACCAGGAUGAGCUCCUGCCGAUGCUGCAAGCUGGAGUCCCAGGGUUCAAGUGCUUCCUGACUGGAUGUAGUGACAAUGAGUUCCCCAGUGUCUGCCUCCAAGACCUGCACAUGGUAAUGAAUGAACUUGAAGGCACAGAGUGUGUUCUCUUGUUCCACGCAGAGCAGGAUCUGGGCCAGUGGGAACCUGUGGCAGAGGACCCAGCUGAGUACAAGUCCUUCCUGGACUCCUGCCCUGAUGCCAUGGAAGUAGAUGCCAUCCACACCAUUGCUGACCUCUGCCUCCAGUACAAGAUGCCCUGCCACAUUGUUCACCUCUCCUCUGCUCAAGCCCUGCCCAUCAUCAGGGAGGCUCGUAAGAAGGGUGCACCACUCACUGUGGAGACAGCACACCACUACCUCACCCUGACCUCUGAACACAUCCCACCUGGAGGCACCUACUACAAGUGCCGCCCCCCUAUCCGGGGCAAGAACAACCGGGAGCAGCUCUGGGCAGCUCUGCAAGAAGGGCUGAUUGAUAUGGUUGUCUCAGCACACAAUCCCUGCCCACCAGACCUGAAACACCUGGAUGAAGGAGAUUUUUUCAAGGCCCAAGGAGGGAUUUCCUCACUGCAGUUUGGGCUCCCUCUGUUCUGGACCUCAGCAAAAUCCAGGGGAUUCUCCCUUCAUGACCUGGUGCAACUGAUGUGCACACGUCCUGCUGCUCUGAGCAGACUGGAAGACCAGAAGGGGUCACUGAGGCCAGGAAUGGAUGCUGAUUUGGUGAUCUGGGAUCCGGACAAGGAGUUUGAGGUGAAGAGAAACAUGAUUCACCAUAAGAACAAGCUAACCCCGUAUCUUGGCUUCCGGCUUUGUGGAGAGGUGUUUGCUACUCUUGUACGUGGCAGAUUGGCUUAUCUGAAAGGGAAGUUCUCAACCAAGCCACAGGGAGAUCUGCUUGUGACUCAGAGAAACACAUCCAUAAGAAUCACCUCCCCAUACUACUGAAAGGAAAGGAGGAGAGGGAGGACCACGAGACCAACUAAACCUAUGAGAAGCUCCAAUACAGAUCUGGAAAGAGAAGAGGACUCCUUGGGGUGGGUAGGAGAGGGAAAAGCCAUGGAAGCAGAGGGAAUGGCAGUUUCCUUAGUGUGCUUACAUAAACUCAUACCUGAAACAAAAAGAGCCAGUGUGUAGCUAUAGACAUUACCUGAUCUGGUGCUCAGCUACUGAAGGAAUCAGAAGCUCCACUGGUUCAACUGAUGUGGUCUGGCUGCUGUGACACCAGGGCAGGUUACAGUGUCCUGCAGCAACAAUUUGGCUAACCCUCACUACUUCAGUUCCCCAAGAAGGACAUGAAGUAGGACUGAUGGCAGAGGGGGCAAAAGGGUCAGGGAAAAUGAAUCAGGAAAAUCCUCUUGUCUUUUCUCCUAAUGUCCCACACUUGCAAUAUAUAAUUGAGUCCCUCACUUGCAAUAUAUAAUCCCCAUGACUGGACACACUGGCUGCUGACAGAUAUGGGGAAAAAAAACUGCUUUACCAGAAAAAGCAGUACAUUAGUUCAACUCAGCUCUGCAUCAUCUGUGUAAGCCACGUGCUUCAGCGGGGCUUUUUGGCGCUUUUAUCUAAGAGCUGAUUCAAUCAGCUCUUAGAUAAAAAUGCUAAAAAAGCCCCGCUGAAGCACCCAAUCUAUACAGAAAUUGGGCGAGCCAGGUCAAGCUAAUGCAAUGGCUCUUGUGGACAUGUACUAGGUUUGGUGAUUAGUCAGUUUAUUAACAUCCACCUAACUUUAACUGCUAGCUCAUCCUAGAAGGUUCUGCAGUAGGCAACAGCUAGAUCUGUUGGCUAGAAGCUGAGGUCAGCAAAGCUCAAAUUGGAAAUAAAAGAGGCAAAUGUUUAACAGCAAGGGUAAACUGACCACCGGAGUGAAUUUCUACAGCCCGGAAUAAUUUCCUCCCCACUUGGAACCUUCAGAUGAAGACUGGAUGCUUGUCACGAACAUAGGCUUUAGUUCUACCUGCAACUGCAGUAUAUGACUUGGGUAGAACUAGCUGGGUAAAAUUCUCCAGCCUGCAUGCUAUAUGUGAGGUCAGUGCAGAUCAUUGCAUUGGUUCUUUUAAAGCAUAUGAAUAAUUCA